ACUGUCGGUACCUGAAUCAGAUCGGAUAGCGAAUUGAAACCGGUAUCUGGUAUUCAGACAAACUACUUUUGAUCGUUAAAAUAGUAUAAUCUCAAUUAAAACUAAAUAUGAUCGGGAAAAGUUCAAAAAUGAUGCAACAUAUAAACUACAGAAUGCGAUGCUGCCUUCAAGACGGCCGAACAUUUGUAGGAACAUUUAAGGCAUUUGACAAGCACAUGAACCUUAUUUUAGGAGACUGUGAUGAAUUUCGUAAAGUUAAAACAAAGAAAGGUGACAAACCAGGCGAGCGUGAAGAGAAGAGAGUACUCGGUUUAGUUUUACUCAGAGGAGAACAUUUAGUAUCUAUGACCGUUGAAGGUCCACCUCCUCCUGAAGAAAAUGUUGCCAGAGUCCCUCUAUCAGCUGCAGGAGCUCUAGGUGGUCCAGGCAUCGGAAGAGCAGCAGGUAGAGGCGUUGCGGGCCCCACAGGUGUUGCACCCGGCCUUUCAGGUCCCGUCAGAGGUGUUGGUGGACCUGCUCAACAGCAAAUGCAGCCAGGCUUUAGAGGUCCACCGCCAAGAGGACCGCCAAUGGGACAACCUCCAAUGGGUCGCGCAAUGCCGCGACCACCAGGCUAUUAAAACUUAAACGAUUGUAAAUUAUCUUUAUUUUCAAUAGUAUAUUUUUGAAGUUGCGUCUAAAUCAUGUAUCUUUCUUCAAAAUUUAUGAUUUCCCAUUGAUAAAAAGAAGUAAGGGAAUACUUCAGUAAAUUUUGAAGCUGAUAAUUGUUAACGUUCCAAAUUUGGUUCAUGUCUAUAGCCUUCGGUCAAGAUAUUCAUAAAAAAGAAAAAGAGGUAUUUAACCGAAAUGGUUUUUGUUACGUUACUGUAAAAAAAUUAUUUGAAAAAAUAUAUCUUUCAACAGCAUAGAUAUAUGUUUUAAUUUACGUUAUAUCAAUUUUUUACAGUUUCAACUCAUAAGUUGUAAUAUAAAUAAAUCUUUUUACAAAAGACA